GGAAGGUGGGAGGUGUUGGAGAUUGAAUGGAAAGGCAUCAAAAGUACCUAAGGUGGACCCUCAUUUUGCACUCAUUGGAUUAAUGAGACAAAAGUCCAUUCUCAUCCCUCUCCCCUCUUCAUUUUCGGCCAAGCUACAGCAAGAAGAGAAAGAAAACUCUUCUUCUUCCUUCCUCCAUUGUUGAAGAGAGCUCAUCAAAGAAGAAUCACCCAAAAAGGAGCUAAAGUGCUAAAAGUGUGAAAUAAUUAAGGCACUUGUAAAGGGUAUUUCAAGUGAUUUCACAAAGUUGGAAAAGUCGCCGGAGUUGUCGCCGGAGUUGACCAAAAGUCGCCGGAGUUUCACCGGAGUUCAACCAAGAAGGGUGGAACUUCAUAACACUAGUUCAAGGUUGAAGCUAGGGCUUGCUACUUGCACCUUCUCACGGGUGGUAUCAAAUCAGGAAGACGUGAAAUGGAGGGCAGGCGAAUGCGAACCAGGAACAAUCCGAGGGGGCAGACGCCGGUAGCAUCCCAAAGGGGGAGCCGGGCUGCAUCUCGGGGUUCAAGAGGAGGCCGUGGAGGCCGUGGAAGCCGUGGAGGUCACCAAGCUCAAACUGUGAGUGAGGGCCAUGUAAGCUCGGUGUAUGAAACCAACACCGAAGACUACGACUCUACAUAUGUUCCGGAAACGGAGCACGAGGAGACCCCAUAUGAUGGGGGUGACACAUACACCGAUGAUGAUGAUGAAGAGAGUGAUGCCAAGUUCGCCCAAAUGGGCGAAUUGCUUGAGUGGUAUCAAAAAGAAAAGCUGAGGAGAGA